GCACCUGCACCUUCCCCGGAACUGCCCGCGCGGGAGAGUCUUGUUUUUCUUCUUCUUUUCUUUGCCGCAAAGGCCUUCUCUGCAGCUCCAGUUCCCGCCGCUGCUUCGCCCCCCCCAAGGGCCUCGGGGACCCCUGCGACCCCACAGACAGCAGCAGCAGCAGCAGCUGCGGGCUCUUGACCUGUGCCCUCGUGGAGGCCCCACACCCCGCGGGGCCCCAGCAGCAGCAGCAGCAGCAGCAGCAGCAGCAGCAGCAGCAGCAGCAGCAGCAGGGUUACCCGCAGCAGCGGGGGCUCCAGCAGCCUCCAGACGCUGGCCCGGCGGCCGCCGCGGGGCGCCCCCGUGCGCUCCAGGGGGCCCCCCUGGGGGCCCCCCUGGGGGGCCCCCUGGGGGCCCCCCUGGGGGGACCCCUGGGGGGCCCCCUGGGGGGCCCCCUGGGGGCCCCGGGGCCCCAGUAUGUCUGCACUCUGCCAGAGGGCCUCGAGGGAGACCCCUGCGGGGGCCCCUACCGCUGCCGCGAGGGCUGCGGGUCUUGUGUGAGGGGCCACUGCCAGUCUUACUUGGCUGUGGUGCCCAGCAGCACUGACUCUGCUGCUGCUGCUGCUGCUGCUGCUGCUGCUGCUGCUGCUGCGGCGGCGGCGGCGGCGACGGCAACUGCCAGCAACAACGCAGCUGCUGCUGCUCCCAGACAACUCCAGCCGCUGCAGCACAAAGCGCAUCCGGAGCAGCAAGAGCAGCAGCUGCAGCAGCAGCAGCAGCAGCUGCAGCAGCAGCAGCAGCUGCUGCUGCUGCCUGAGCAGCAAGUGCCCAGCAUGGACGUUACGCAGUGGAAAGAGACAGCGCUGCAGCUGCUGAAGGAGCUGCGAGCAGCAGAGGCCUCAGCAGCAGCAGCAGAAGCCGCCGAGGACAGUGCCCCCGCGGGGGGCCCCCUGGGGGGCCCCCUGAGCAGCGAGGCCGUGCGGGAACUGCGGCUGGGGGCCCUGGGCCCCGAAGAGGCCCUUGCUGCUUCGCUGGCGGGGGCCCCCAUUGCCUCUUUGGGCCUGGGGAAGGGGGGGGCCCGGGGGGCCCCCCUGUGGCCCGCGCAUGCACUGAGUUACUGCUUCCCCCCCCCCGAAAGGGCCCCCCUGGGGGCCCCCUGGGCCUCUUCCUUCUGCAUCCCCCGGUACCCUUCUCCGCGGGUCUCUGGGGGGCCCCCCCGGCGGCGCCGCUGCGGCGUCCGCUGCAGACAGGCCUGGAGGAGGGCCCCGGACGCCUACAGCAGCAGCAGCAGCAGCAGCAGCAGCAGCAGCAGCAGCAGCGGGUGGGGGAUGGACGGGCUGGAGUUCCUCUUGCCGCCAGUGGCAGACGAUUUCAGGGACGACCUCUUCGACCAGCAGCAGCAGCAGCAGCAGCAGCAGCAGCUGCAGCAACAUGAGCAGCAGCAGCAGCAGCAGCAGCACGGCAAGGCCUCCACAACGACAGCCAGUGCAGACACAGCGGCGCAUGGGGCAGCUGCGCCCCCCAGCAGCAAAGGCGCAGCAGCAGGAGCUCUUGAGGGGCAGCUGCAGCAGCAGCAGCUGCUGCUGCAGCAGCCUGGGGUCCAGGGGCCGCCUUUUGGGGCCCCCAGCCAAAACCCAAUGCAGUCCCCUUCCCUAAACCAGCCACUCAUGCAGCAGCAGCAGCAGCAGCAGCAGCAGCAGCAGCAGGGACCCAUGCUGCAGCAGCCUCAUGUGCUGCUCCAGCAAACAGGGCCGCAACAAACACCGCAGCAGCAGCAGCACGAGCACCACCACAAGCUGCUGCAGCGCACUCCGGAGCAGCAGCAGGUGCUGCCACAGGGGCCGCCGCCGCCGCCGUCGCCGCCGCCGCCGCAGCAGCAGCAGCAGCAGCAGCAGCAGCAGCAGCAGCAUCUGCCAGUGCAGUUACAUCCUGCACAGCAGCAGCCACUGCCUCCGCAGGCGAGACCGCAGCAAGCGCCGCAGCAGCCGCAUGAAGCGCAGAUGUUGCUGCAGCAGCAAGAAGGACCUGCAGCACAGCAAAUGGACGAAAUGCAGCAGCAGCAGCAGCAGCAGCUGCUGCAGCAGCAGCAACAGCAACACGAUGGGGCUGUCCUUGUCCACGGGGUGGCUGAACAGCAAAAGGCGCUUCCAAGAGGACAAGGAAAAACGCAAGAGGUGCCGCACUUGCCCCCGCAGCUGCAGCUGCAGCAGCAGCAGCAGCAGCAGCAGCAGCAGCAGCAGUUUGAGGCCAACUUCAGCGAAGAAGCCUUGGUGGAAGAAAUGGCCCCAAAGAGGGCCCCUGAGGCCAGCACAGCAGCAGCAGCAGCGGCUGAAGAAGCUGAGCCUGAAAUGGACAACCAGCAGCAGCAGCAGCAGCAGCAGCAGCAGGUGCAGCAGCAGCAGCAGCACGUUGUGGGGGAGCCGUUGCUGCCGGAAGAGGCAGCAGGUGUGGGGUUUAAUGCUUUUGAAGAAGCCUUUGAAGCAGCAGCAGCUGCCUAUACACCUCAGCACCCAGAAGAUGCAGCAACAUGGGAAGGGGCCCCUCUUGGGGGCCCCCCUGAGGCCAUUCAGGCGCUGGGGGGGGGCCCCCCUGAGAGGACCCUGGGGGGCCCCCCUGGGGGCCCCCCCGGGGGCCCCCCCGGGGGCCCCUUUGGGGGCCCCCAGGGGGGCCCCCUUGAGCCUCUGCCCCCAGAAGCUGAGGCCCUGGGGCCCCAACUAAAAGGGUUUGGUUUGGGGGCCCCUGGGGAGGAGCUGAGUUCAGGUGUACAGGCAGCUGGUUCGGGUGUACAGGCAGCUGCGUGGGGUGUACAGACACCUGGCGAAGCUGCGGAAGCAGCAGCAGCAGCAGCAGCAGCAGCAGCAGCAGCUUGGGGGCCCCCCGAGUGGGAUUUAAAUGAAAACAAAAGGGGUCCAGCAGCAGCGCAGAGCUGGGAAGGGGGGCCCCCUCCCUCGGAAGGGGCCCCCUGGGUCCUUGAAAACCCCCCGAACCCGGCGGGGGGGCCCCUCGGGGGGCCCCCAGAGGACCUGUGGGGCCCCCUUGCUGCAGGCAGCAGCUUUGCUGCUGCUGCUGCUGCUGCUGGGGCCUCUACAGAAAUGGAAAGUGAAGGGAGAAGCACUUUCGAGGAAACAGAAGACUCAGAUGAAGAAGACGACUGGCGGGGGGGGUUCUUGCCCUCGCCCCCCAGCAGCAGCAGCAGCAGCAGCAGCAGCAGCAGCAGCAGCAACGACGGCAGCAGCGGCGUUGACAAGAGAGGUUCGGGGCAGAGCAGCAGCGCAGCAGCAGCAGACGAAAAGGAGAAGCAGCGCAGCUCCGCUGGGCAAAACGAAGUGCUGCCUGAAGAAGGGGCCUCAGUUCUGCAGAGCCGCAGCAGCAGCAGCAGCAGCAGCAGCAGCAGCAGCCAGAAGCAGUUGCAGCCAAGACGGCCUGGUGAGGGGCCCCCUGGGGGCCCCACAUGGGGGCCCCCAGCCGUGCCCUCAAGCGGGUCCCUCCCCGAGGGGCCCCCAGAGGGGCCCCCAGGGGCGCUCCCAGGGGGGCCCCCAGAGGGGCUCCCAGGGGGGCCCCCAGAGGGGCCCCCCGAGGGGCCCCCAGGGGCGCUCCCAGGGGGGCCCCCAGAGGGGCCCCCAGGGGGGCCCCCCGAGGGGCCCCCCGAGGGGCCCCCCGAGGGGCCCCCUGGGGGCAUGCUGCCAGGGCCUUGGGUUAAGGACUCUGAGAGGAGUUAUGGGGGGGAGAGUGAAGCAGCAGAAGCAGCAGAGGGCGGGUCAGCAGCAGCAGCGUGGGCGUCGCCUGCUGCAGCAGCAGCGGAGGCCCCCGCACCCGCUGCAGCAGCAGCAGCAGCAGCAGCAGCAGCAGCAGCAGCAGCAGCAAACGAAGCAGACGCAGCAGCUGACAGAGGCUUCGGAAUGCUGCCUUCUGCCUUCCCCUCGGAGGAGACAGACGCAGAUGAUGAGUGGGAAGACUCUGAUGAUGAUUCCGAGACUCCAGUGCUUCGCCGUUCAGCAGCAGCAGCAGCAGCAGCAGCAGCAGCAGCAGCAGCAGCGGGGGAAGAAGGGCCUGCAGCAGCAGCAGGGGCGGGGUUACUGGCAGGCGGCAGAGAGGAGGAAGCAGCAGCUGCCUUUUUGUCUCCUCAGCCGCAGCGGCAGCAGCAAAAGGGCACUGCAGCAAACCAGCUGCCUGCUGCUGUGGGGCCAGGGGACUGGGCCGCCCCCACAAUGCAGCAGCAGCAGCAGCAGCAAACAGAGGCAGAGGGCGAUGACCCAGCAGCAGCAGCAGCAGCAGCAGCAGAAACUGCUGCUGCGCUUGCUGCUGGAGGGCCUGGUGAGCGCGAGGAGCAGCAGCUGGCUGGCAGCAGCAAAGCAGGAGAAGCAGCAGCAGAGGCAGAGGGACCAGGCAGCGCUGCUGCUGCCGACCGCUACGCUGCUGCUGCUGCUGCUGCUGCUGCUGCUGCAUCUACGCCUGCGGAGGCCCCCAGGCAGAAUCAAGAAACAGAAGAUUUUGCUGCAGCAGCAGCGGCAGACACAGAAGCUGCAGCAGCAGCAACUGCAGCAACUGCAGCAACUGCAGCAGCGCCACAACAGACACCGGCGCCUCCGUUUUCAUCUGAUUCAGCUGAAUUAGCUACAGCUGGAGGCGAAGAAAGGCUAACAGCAGAAGCAGCAGCAGCAGCAGCGGAAGCAGCAGCAGCAGAAGCAGCAGCAGCAGAAGCAGCAGCAGAAGGAAGGGAGCCGCGAGCCUCUUUAGGGAGCCAGUCCGAGGCAGCAGCAGCAGCUGAAGAAGACACUGCAGCUGCUGAUGCUGCACACGGAGAGAUAAGAGGGUCCCCACAAGACCUAGCAGCAGACGAAGCAGCAGCAGCAGCAGCAGCAGCAGCAGCAGAAAGAGCAGCAGCAGCAGCAGCAGCGGCAGAAGCAGUGGAGGGCAACGCUGCACGGGCCCGAUUCGAUUCGCCGCGGUCUCGGCCGGGGCAGCAGCAGCAGACGCCUUCAGCUGCUGCUGCGCGUCCUGCAGCAGCUGUGGAGGCCUCAGCAGCAGCAGCAGCAGCAGCAGCACUGGAAGGUGCAGCAGCGCCGCCACCGGCAGAGGCAGCAACAGCAGCACCAGCGUCGCCGUCAGCGGCAGCAGCAGCUGCUGCUGCUACUGCUGCUAGAGCACAAAGGACUGGUGCUGCUGACCCAGGUCGAAGGCCUGCAGCAGCAGCAGCAGCAGCAGCAGCAGCAGCAGCAGGGCCCCAGGGGCCCAGCAGCAGAAGCAGCAGCAACCUGCAGCCAGUGCGGCGGCGGGGCCGAACGCCUUUGAGGGGAGAGGCCCCCGGGACUUUGGGAGCUGCUGGAGGCUCUGGAAAUCAAGCAGCAGCAGCAGCAGCAGCAGCAGCAGCAGCAGCAGCAGCAGACGAAGAACUAGAAGUGCUGGAAGAAGGAGAGUGGGUGCCCUGGGAUGAGUCCUGGGGGGACGACGUCGAGUGGAUAGAUGAAGAUGAAACAACCGGCAGCAGCAGCAGCAGCAGCAGCAGCAGCAGCAGCAGCAGCAGCUCUAGAGAUGGCGUGAGUGGGGGCGCUGCGCCAGGGAGCACCGGCUCUGCCAGUGCAGCAGCAGCAGCAGCAGCAGCUGCUGCUGCUGCAGGGGGCUCCGCAGCGCAGCAACCAGGAGCUCUGAGCAGCGGUGGCUCGAAUAGCCCCAACUGGGGGCAGCAGCAGCAGCAGCUGCAGCAGCAGCAGCAGCAGUUUCAGCAGCUACAGCAAAUGCAACCGCAGUUCCAGCAGCAGCACGCACAGCACCAGCAGCAGGCCCUGGGGGAGCAGCAGCAGGGUCGGACGCAACAGCAGCAAACCCUCAAUCAGCAGCAGCAGCAGCAGCAGCAGCUGCAGCAGCAGCAAGAUGACUUCAGCUGCGACCUGCUGAGUGCUGCUCGGGGCGAGUGCAGCUCUCCCUUCGCCUCCCAGCAGGCGCGGCACCAGCUGUAUCAGCAGCAGCAGCAGCAGCUGCUGCAGCAGCAGCAGCAGCAGCAGCAGCUGCUGCUCGGCCCCCACAGCAGCUAUGCCUCCAGCUUCCAGCCACUGCAAAGUGGAAUGGGCCCUAGAGGAGUUGCUGGCUGCGACAGCACUUGCUGCAGAGAAGGCUACUACUGCUCGCUCACUGCUGGGGGCUGCACUCCCCAGAGGCGGCUGGGCGAGGCUUGCGAAGGCACAGCAGAGCUGGAGUGUCGCUGGGGGGCUAUUUGUCUCUCUGGGCUUUGCAGGCCCCCCUUUUCUGUGUUGCCUGCUGCUGCUGCUGCUGCUGCUGCUGCAGCAAGCGGCGCCCCCGCAGCAGAAGAAGCGGCAGCAGCAGAGCCCGCAGCAGCAGCAGCAGCAGCAGCAGCGGCCAGUGGCCCCGUGACCAUUGGUCCUGCAGUAUCGCCCCUGCACGUGUGCGUCCCCUGGAGCCGGCCGGUGCUGCUGGGGCUGUCCUCUGCUGCUGCCCCGCAGCAGCAGCAGCAGCAGCAGCAGCAGCAGCAGCACGGGGCGCUGCUGCAGGUGGCCUGCGAAGCGCUGGAGGGCCAGCCCUGCACCCAAGACGCGCAGUGCUGGGGCUUUGCUGCUCCUCUGGGCUUCUGCGAAGCUGCUGCUGCUCGCUGCAGAGCAGCAGCAUAUCCCGUGUGUCUGCCGCUGCUGCAGAAGCUGCUGUGGCUGCAGCUGGAGGCCUUCGCGCGCUCCGUGGAGGCCCUGCAGCAGCAGCAGCAGCAGCAGCAGCAGCAGCAGCAGCAGCAGCAGCCGCUCGAAGCCUUGGUGCAGCAGCAGGCCCAGGCCUUCCUCUUCGCCAACAUCCCCCAACCCACGGACUUCGAAACGGGGGCCCCCAGGGGCCCCUGGGGGCCCCUCGGAGUUAACCCCGGAGACCCUUUUUCUCCUGCUGCUCUUCGCCGCGCAGCUGCGGGCCAGCAGGUGGGUUUGCUGCAGGCGGCCUUCUUGUGCUGCUUGAAGUACAAAGAGGGGGGCGAGCAGCAGCAGCAGCAGCAGCAGCAGCAGCAGCAGCAGCAGCAGCAGCAGCAGCAGGAGGCGCUGCUGCAGAUGGUUGACCUCGAGGAAGUUACGGAAGGGAAGGAGUGGGGCAUCCCCUGGGUGCCCAGCCCGCCCGCGCUCGCAGACGAGCCAGAGGCGCCGCAGCAGCAGCAGCAGCAGCAGCAACAGCAGCAUCAGCAGGAGCAACAGCCGCAGCAGCAGCAGCUGCUGCAGCAGCAGCUGCAGCAGCAACAGCAGCACCAACAACAGCAGCAGCUGCUCUUGCUGCAGCAGCAGCAGCAGCAGCUCCUUCUGCAGCAGCAGCAACAGCAGCAGCUGCUGCACCAGCAGCCAGCCCUCCAAAAUCCUGCUGCUGCUCCCCAGCCAUGGCGAACUGGCCCUUCCGCUUCUUCUGCUGCACUUCCCGUCCGCCGGCUGCAGCAGCAGCUCCCCGACGCGCCGCAGCAGCACGACGAGCCGCAGCAGCAGCAGCAGCAGCAGCAGCAGCAGCAGCGGGAAGACGAGCAGCAGCAGCAGCCCGCGCAGGAGCAGCAGCAGCAGCAUCAGCAGCAGGAACAGCAGCAGCAGCAGCAGCCGUCGCUGCUGGUGGACUCCGUGGCCGCUGCUGCCAAGGGCCCCCGGGGCUUCGGAGAAGGCGGAAGUGCCUUCAGCAAGCUGCAGUGCAACUUAGCUGCUGUUGAGUUGCUGCUGUCUUCCUUAGCAGCAGAUUUCGUGCUGCAGCUGCGCCCCACAGGGCUGAACAGGGGGGCUGUGCUGCUGGGCGCAGACGGCCUGGACGCGGUAUUCGACGCUGCUGCAGCAGCGCAGCAGCAGCAGCAGCAGCAGCUGCAGCAGCAGCAGCAGCCGGCGCUUCUCGAGACCCAAACGCUCCUGCGGCUGCAGCACGAAGAACAACAGAGGCAGCAGCAGCUGCUCAUGCAGCAGUAUGCGCUCAGCAGCGCCCAGAGGCAGCAAGACAUGCAGCAGCAGCAGCAGCAGCAGCAGCGGUUUGGGGCAGACACGCAGGCGCAGCAAGGCGCAGCAGCAGGCGGCCUCCUUGCAAAUCCUGCUGCAGCAGCAGCAGCAGCAGCAGCCUUUCAGCCAGCCGCGGCCCCGACCAUCGAUGCAGCCACUGCCGCAGAGCAGCAGUUGUUGCUGCAGCAGCAGCUGCUGCUGCAGCAGCACCAACAGGCCAACUCUUUUCCCCCAACUGCCGGCAGUCCCCAGCAGCAGCUGGCAGAGCCCCUGCAGCAGCAGCAGCAGCAGCAGCAGCAGCAGCAGCAGCAAGCACCGGCAAUGCAGCAGCUUAGGCCCUCUCAAACAGGGCCUGAUAUUGUGCGCAGCGGCGCAGGGCUAGGCAGUUUGCCGCCAGCAGCAGCAGGAACUCAGCAGCAGCAGCAGCAGCAGCAGCAGCAGCAGCAGCAGCAGCAGCUGCAGCAGUGGUCCUCUCGAAACGCUUCUGCUGUCCUGAGAGACACUGAAGCUGAGGCGCUGGGCGACGGCCUGCUGCCAGCUGCUGCAGCAAACCAGCCGAGAGCUGCAGCAGCAGCAAAGCGCAGCACAGCAGAGACUGAGGCAGAGGAUGCAGAGGAAGAAGAGCCAGCAGCAGCACCUGCUGCAGCAGCAGCAGCAACUGCAGCAACAGCAGCAGCCGAAAGGCGUCGCCAGCCAUCUGCUGCUCCUGCUGCUUCAGGCCGCGCGGCCCAUUAUUCCCCAAAUCAGGUAGCCCCAGCUGCUGCUGCUGCAGCUCCUGCUGCUGCUGCAGCUCCUGCUGCUGCUGCAGCACCGACCACUAGGAGAAGCCGAGAGCCAGCAGCAAAUGAGAACUCCUGGCAACGGAGGGCCCCAGAAGCAGCAGCAGCAGGCAGCAGAAUGGCAGCAGCAGAAGGGCCUUUGCUUCCAGAGUUUGAGGACCAAGAUGAGGCUUCAGUGGCUCAGCAGCGCCGCAGUCGAACACGGCAGCAGCAGCAGCAGCAGCUGCUGCAGCAGCAGCAGCAGCAGCUGCAGCAGCAGCUGCAGCAGCGGCAGUCCAGCAAUCGGCAGCAGCAGCGGCGGGUAGCUGCCAGCACCCAAAAUGGCCGCGCCUCCGCCAGCAGCAGCAGCAGCGAAAGUGCUGCGCAGCUCUCUCGUCGCGAGCGUCUGCAGCAGCAGCAGCAGCAGCAGCAAACCAGGCAAGCAACGGCGCAGAGCGGGCGUCGGCAGGACCUGCAGCAGCAGCAGCAGCAGCAGCAGCUGUUGCAGCAGCAGCAGCAGCGGCAGCAGCAGCUCUUGCAGCAGCAGCAGCGGCAGCAGCAGCUGUUGCGCCAGCAGCAGCAGCAGCAGCUGUUGCAGCUGCAGCAGCAGCGGCAGCAGCAGCAGCAGCAGUGGCAGCAGCAGCGGCAGGAGCGUGCGCACCAGCGGACUGCUCUGCCUGCUCCUGGAGCCCCAGCUUCCCCAGCAGCAGCAGCAGCAGCACGAGCAGCAGCAGCAGCAGCAGCACCAGCAGCACCAGCAACAAUAACAAUAAGUGCAACAGGGGCGAUUCACCACCCGGCUAUGCAGCAGCAGCAUCCCUACAGCAGCAGCCUAGCUGUGGGGCCGCAGCAGCAGGCGCUGCUGCUGCUGCAGCCCCACCCUCACCUGCAGCAGCAGCAGCAGCAGCAGCAGCAGCACUACGUCAUCACUGCAGCGCCGCAAAUGUACGCCCUGCAGGCCAGCAGCCCCCCUGCUGUUUGGCAGCAGCGAAGGGCCCAGACGCAGCCAGCUGCUGCUGCUGCUGCUGCUGCUGCUGCUGCUGCAGCCCCUGGAGGCCCCCCUGGAUUCGUUUCGGAGGAGGGGGGGGCCCCUGGAGCUGCUGCUGCUGAGCCCGACUCUGCUGCUGCUGCUGCACCCGAUGCUGCUGCUGCUGCUGCUGCUGCUGCUGCUGCCCGGCGCCGCCUCGCAGAGCAAGAAGGCGAAAGCGCAGCAGCAGACUCGCCAGUCGUGCUGCUGGUAAGAGUGAAAGCAGCAGCAAACCAACUGCUGCUGCAGGACCCGCAGCAGCAGCAGUUCUUCCGGACAGGACUCUUGACGGUGCUGCAGCAGCAAGCAGCAUGGAGGGCCCCCUUUGACUCUGUGGCAGUGCAGCUGCUGCAGCUCAGCGCAGCAAAAGACAAAUUGAAUUUAAUUCUUGCUGCUGCAGCAGACAGCAGCAGCAGCGCAGCAGCUCACAGGGUCACCUGCGCCCUUGCCGAGGCCCUUGCUGCUCCUCCAGUCCACGCAAUGUUUAAGGCGUGGGGCGCCAGCGGCCCCGUGGAAAUCUACGGGGCCCCCGAAGUUGGCAGCUGCUUGUGGGCCCCCAAGAGGGGCCCCCUGGAGUGGCUGCUGCUGGAAGUGACUCCGCAGCUAAGUUCUUUAGAAGAAGAGUUUGCUGCUGCAGCACAAGACGUUUACCUGCGCAUGCACCUCGAGGGGCUGCAGCUGCAGCAGUGGGGCCAGACCCUGCGGGCCCUGACGCGCUGGCUCGAGCAGCAGCAGCAGCAGCAGCAGCAGCAGCAGCAGCAGCAGCAGCAGCGGCAGCAGCAGCAGGAGCUGCAGGACUUGCUCGCGGAGCUGCUGUCGCUCUUCGGAGCAGCAGAGUCCCGCAAGCUGCUGCAGGAGGUCUCGAAGGCGGGGGCCCCCGUGGCGCGGCCGUCCGUGCUGCUGCUGCUGCUGCUGCAGCUGCAGCAGAUGAUGCAGCAGCAAGACCCCGCCCCAGGGGCCCCCACCUACAAAAUGGCAGCAGCAGCAGCAGCAAAACUCUCCCCGCUGCUGCUGCGCGCCACUCAACGCAGCCUCCAAAGGGCCCUUCCCCAGGCGGGGCCCUUGGAGGUGGUGGGUUUGCAUGCGACAGAAACCUCGCUGUUCGUCAGCCUGCUGGGGGGGCCGUCGCUGGAAGCUGAGGUGUACAGACACCUCAGCGCCACCCAAGCAGCUUUUGCUGCUGCUCAGCCAGACAUUGAUUUGCUGCUGCCUCCCACUUCUUUCUUUUCUUGUUUGCUGCCCAACGAGCUCCAACUCGCUGUUCUGAAGCCAGUUCUGUUUGCCGCGUCGCUGCAGCUCCAGCAGCUGCAACAGCAGCAGCAGAUGCAGCAGCAGCAGCAGCAGCUGCUGCUGCUGCUGCUGCAGUGCAUCUGUGUCCUUAAUGCAGAACUAAUUAGAGCCUGUUAUGGUUUUGCUGCAGACACAACAGCAGCAGAUGAAAGCUUAGCAGAACCUGCCAGCCCCCAAGUCAUUCACUUUCUCUUCAACAAGCAGCUGCUGCUCAACUCCUUGCAGCAGCAGCAGCAGCAGCAGCAGCAGCAGCAGCAGCAGCAGCAGCAGCAGCUUGAAUACGACGACCGGCGCGACGCCCCCGACCGGCAGCAGCAGCAGCAGCAGCCCGACCCCCAGCAGCAGCAGCAGCAGCAGCAGCAGCAGCAGCAGCAGCAGCAGGAAGAAGAGGAGGAGCUGGAGGAGGAGGAAGCAGCACUGGAGGAAGCAGCAGUUUUGCUGCUGGACUUUCUGUGGAAAGUCUGCGGGGGAAAUUUGCUGCUGCAGCAAAGCGGCAGCAGAAACUCCAAAAGCCUCGCAGCCUUUUCUUUCCGCGCCGAGCCAGCCCCUGGCACUUCAAAAGAAGAAAUGGAAAAAAUGAAAAAAAGAAUUUUGCAGUUGGCGGUGUUGCCGGAGUCUGAGGUGUACAGACACCUGCCCUACGGCUCCCUCGUGCGCUUCGCCUUCGGGAAGCAGCAGCAGCUCGCGGCGCAGCAGCAGCAGCAACUUGCGGCGCAGCAGCAGCAGCAGCUAGCGGCGCAGCAGCAGCAGACCCAGCAGCAGCUAGCAGCUGGGUAA